ACACAGCGCCGCUAACGCCUCGCUACUUGCCAUUGCCGAUCGAUUGCCCUCGUGCCCUGCCUCUCUCGCUCGUCACCACCUCGCCGCAAACCCUUCCCCUCCGCUCGUGUAGGCCAAGCCCAGCCGAGCCAACCGCGUCAUCUUAUCUCUCUCCCAUCAUUUCAUCUGAUCUAUCGUCUCAUCUCCUUCCCUUUCUCUCUCUCCUCCCCAUCUUCCAUCCUCUGCCCAUGUCCGUCGCACCGCGCGCGCUCCUCCUGCCUUGCACGACUCAUCAUCUCCAGCAAGGCGGCGGCUGCACCUGCACCUGCACCUGCACGGACCUCCGCCAGAGGAAGAAGAAACCGGAGGAGACGACGCAGCCUUCUUCCGGCGAUCGGUCGUGAUCGGAGAGAAACAGAGCAAGCAGCAGAGAAAAAAAAGGAUUCGUUCCAUGCAUGGAUGGCAAGGAACUCAUCUCACCGUCCGACCUCCAGUCAUUCUACCAGCAGCAGCAGCAGCAGCAGCAGCACAGGGCUGCGCUCGGCAGCGGCGGCGGCGCCCAUAGCCCGUCCUCGCUGGCCGGGAUGCACUCCGUCAUCCGCCCCAUGCCCAACAUGCCCAACAUGAACAUGAGCGCCACCGCCAUCCUCAACUCCAUCGGCGGGGGCUCCCUCGCCGGCAUGCAGUUCCAGAUGGACACCGCGCCGCCGCCAUUGCUGCACAACAACGCCAUGGGCUCCGUCUCCGGCUCCGCCUCAGGCACCGUGCCGCCCGCCCCGCCACCCGCCGAGCCCGUCAAGCGCAAGAGAGGGAGGCCGCGCAAGUACGGGCCCGAUGGCACCAUGAAGGCCGCCGCCUCGGCCGCGCAGCAGCAGCACCUGGUCAGCGCGCCGCCGAGGAUGGGCUCGUCCAUGUCAGGAGCCGAGAUGCUCGGCGGCCAGGGGAUGGAGGACCCGGCGCAGAAGAAGCGCCGUGGCCGGCCGCCGGGCACGGGGAAGAAGCAGCAGACGUCGCCCUCUCUAGGCAAUGCGUUCGCUGGUUCAGCUGGAACGAGCUUCACGCCGCACAUCAUCACGGCAUCUCCUUCAGAGGAUGUCGCCGCGAAGAUCAUUGCCUUUGCGAACCAGUCAUCACGGGCAGUGUGCGUCCUCUCAGCAAUGGGUUCCGUGUCCAGGGUCGACCUCCGCCAUCCCGGAGACACCUCCCCCAUGUCAAGGGUUCACACGUCGCAGCCUUACAGGAACCCAGCCAUCUACGAGGGGUUCUAUGAGAUCCUGAGCCUAACUGGCUCUUACAACCUUGCCGAGGGCUCACAGGGCCAGCAAAGCGGCGGGCUCAGUGUCACGCUCUGCAGCCCCGAAAGGAAUGUGAUUGGAGGUGUUUUGGGCGGAGCACUGGUAGCUGCCAGUACCGUGCAGGUGGUGCUGGGGAGCUUUCACCAGGGAGGGUCGAGAUCAAAGUCGAAGAAAGCAGCGAAGCAGGCAGCCUUCAGCCCCGACUCGCUCACCGGCGGGCAAGAAGCGUCGCCCAGCUCCGGGCACAACCAACAAAAUCUAACGCCACCCUCCGUAACAGGAGGCUGGCCGACCUCCGGGAUAUUUGACACCAGAAGUUCCAGCAUUGAUAUCAACUCAUCUAGAGGCUAGCUCAUUUGUCGAUAAUUCCAGCUCUCUCUCUCUCUCUCGAGAAUUUUCUGUUUGCACAAGAAUACCCAAACUAUACUUCGAAAUAGCUUAUUCGGUUUUUUUUGAGUAAAUUGCUAUAGAAUUCACUAGGCA